UUUCCACCCAGCCCCCACUCGCCGUCCCCCCGCUCCCCGCACUCUGUUUUUCUCUCGGGAUUGAGAGGCAGGAGGAGGUUUUCGCUGAUAGGCUGCGCCCGCCGUCACACAGCCCUGCCGCCCUCUCCGGGCUGUGAGUGGAGGUGUAACCCAGGCUUCCGCUCUCGGGCUCGGCUGCCUGACUGCAUCCGUGUUUGCUCUUUAGGAUCCAGGUGGCUUGAACGACAGAGUCGGUCCUGGAUGUUUGCAGCCUUUUGCUUCAGCUGGCAGAGAAGAAAAAAGGUGGACACUGACCUGCAGCAGUGGCUUACUGUGAACGGGAAGAAAUAUCGGACACUGUUCUGGGAUUAUCUGCGUGCUGCGUCCUGAAAAGGCCUCUGAAACAAUCAGUAGACAUCUGGGAAGAGAAUUGAGGAAGUCGCGAGGUUUUUUCUUCUAGCAGUGUCGAGCACAUAACCCUUGGAUUCUUUUGUCCGCAUGGCAUGGAAACAUAGCUAAAUUUAUGAAGUUCUGAAUAUUUCAGCUGCCAAAAUAAAGUGCUUUCCUCUUUUUACAUGCAGUUUUUCUUCUUGGCAACAUUCUUUCUGAGUCAGAGGAAUAACCAGUUAUGUUAACUGGCUCCAGGUUAAAUGUGGCCUGAGUCACUGUGGAAACAUUGCUGAAAAGUUUCAUGGCAGAUUUUUUUUCCCCCUUAUUUCAUUUUUUUCGAUUUUCUGACAUUGUCUUUUCUCAUUUUGCAGUGAGACCGAUUUUAUAGAUGAAGACUUUAACAGAUGUUUGUUUAUAUUUUUUUGUUUUGUAUUUUAUUUAAUAUUUUUGUUAAAAAAUAGUCUUGCCAAUAAGCAGUAUGGAGGUAUCCAGGUAACUGUUGACACAUGCCUUUGCUACCGGAAGGUAGGAAAUGUUCUGCAGUUCACAUGAAAUUUCACAUGUGAAAUUUGGGUUUUUGGCCUCAAAGUUUGUGGAGUAAAAUGUGUAUUUAUUUCACUUGGAGCUCAUGCUGCGUAUAGAGGAAUCUACAUGGAAUAGACAAGGGAAGAACCUGUCAGAGAAAAUAAAAGGUUUUUAAGACAGACGUUGGCAGACUUUGUAAAUAGCCUUGCAGGAUCUGUAAGCGAGAAGGAUGGGUAGCUGAUUUCUGUGAGGUCAAAUCUAUGUCAAACUGCUGCGAAUGUAGUAUCAACGGGAACUCGGGAUAUUAUCUCAAGGAAAACAAACUGGAAAAAUAUAAAUCACGCAGUACUAACACCUUGUGUGGUCCUCUUGGAUUAGGUUUGCAUUCAACUGAACUGCUACUGCCUGAAAGAAAAUUAAGAUGGACAGAGCAACUUAAUUCAAAAGGACUUGCCAUGAGGUGCUAAGCCUUUUUUCAUUGAUUCGGAGAGACUGGACCUAAAUGGCGCAGCAUGACUUUGCUCCAGCCUGGCUUAAUUUUCCUACACCACCAUCAUCAACAAAGGCAUGUGACGUAGAGGCUGUUUCAGUGUCCUGGAGCAGAAGAUGCAGCUUCCACUUUGUUAGCCCGAGAGAUGAUGACACAGCUCUGAAUUCAUCGCUGAAUUUUGAGAAACAUUCUGAAAAUUUUUCGUGUACAGAAAAUCGUUACGAAGCAAAUCGCAGAAGACACAAUUCUUCAGAGGGGUUUGAUCCUAACAUUGGAAGGUCAAAUGGAGGGCAUUUUGGGCGAAAAGAGAGGAAUGGUUGGCGUUCACAAGGCAGAAAUGGUCCAGAAAAUAUAAACCAUCGUGGAGGGUACCAUGGUGGAGGUUCCCGUACUCGUUGCACCACCUUCCAUUGUGGAAAAGGCCAGGGACUGCAUGGGAACAGUGUACCUGAUAAUGAAACACACAAAAAGGAAGACAAAGAAGUACCUAACCAGUUUGAAGCUGAAGAUUUUCCGUCUUUAAACCCUGAAUGUGAGAGGGACCCAAACCAGAAUAAAUCUCUAGCUGCAGGUGUGUGGGAGUACCCUUUAAAUCCUAAAUCAAGGUCUCAGAGAAUGCUGGUCAUUAAAAAAGGCAGUACGAAAGAACUGCGGAUAUCUGGAUUCCCAGUAGUGGGAAAUCUUCACUCACAGCCAGUAAGAAAUGGAACUGGCACAAGUGUUUAUAAAGGAUUAGUCCCCAAACCUGUCACUCCAUCUGCAAAGCCCACACAGUGGAAAAGCCAAGCAAAAGAAAAUAAGCUUGGGAAUGUGUUUCCUCAUGAAUCUGCAUAUGGUGUUGGCAAUUUCAGUCCUUUCAAAUCAACUGUCAAGGCAUUUGCUGUAACACAAAAUUCAGUUAAAGAGUGUAAUCGGUCAAAUUCUUCAUCCCCUGUUGAUAAAUCUGGUCAGCCUCGUUUAACAAAACUGACAAGAAUGCGGAAUGAUAAGAAGAGUGAAUUUUUGAAAGCAUUGAAAAGAGAUAGAGUGAAAGAGGAACAUGAAGAUGAAAAUCAUCAUGGGCAAGAGAAGGAUGAUGAGUCCUUCAACUUGCAUAACGGCAACAGUCCUCAUCGUGAGAGAGAUAUAAACCGAAACUUUGAAAAUGAGAUUCUGCAGGAGAAUGGCAAUGCUUCAAUUACACCUCAGCAGAUCAUUCAGUCUUCAGCCUUCCCUCAGGCAAAUGUUCUUUCAAGCUCACUUGAGGCAGAGCAUAGGGAGAAAAUCUGUGACUUUCAGAAAGAAUGUUCUUCAUCCAGACAACAGUUGGGCAUUUGAACAGGAUUCCCAGGGAAGUGAUCAUAACACCAAGCCUGAUAGAGUUCAGGAAGUGUUUGGGCAGCAUUCUCAGUCACAGGGUAUGAUCCUUGGGGUUGUUCUAUGCAGGACCAGGAGUUGGGUGCCAUGUUCAUUGUGGGUCUCUUCCAGCUCUGGAUAUUCUGUGAGUCUGCGAAAUCUUUGGCCACUAGAGGCUCACGAUUUUUUCACCAGAAGAUGGGAGUCAAAUCUAACUCUUAGUUUUUCAGUUCACUUGUUAGGAUUUCUAGGCAAAUGUUUGUUUUGUGAUAUCCCAGAGAGGCUGUGUGUCCAUACUGCCCUAGCCCUUUGGCUGUGAGCUCAGCAUGGCUGUGGACAGAUGUUAUGGUUAGCCUUUUUGUAAUUCAUAUUUUGUAUUGUAUUUUGGGUCACCACCUUAGUUCUCAGGUUACCUUUGUAUACCUAGUAACAGUAUUGGCACAUUUGGUACAAAAGGGCUUCCUUCCUGCUGGGGAACUUGCCAACAUGCAGCAAUCAAUCCUGUUGGUGUUAAGUUUUCUAAUCCAAAGUAAUUUUUUUUAUAUAGCUCACACUUUUAACCAUUCUAGAAUGGUGUCAAUUUAAAGGGACAGUGGUGCUGCUAACAUUACAGAAUGUUGCUUUGAAGUUAGUUAGCCAUUACCCUAAAUUUUACUUACAUUAACAGGAGCUCUGUAACUAUUUACUUCACUGAAUGCAGUGUUAACGUGUGAGCUUGCUUGCAGUAAAACUUUUGAACUCAGCUAUCACUGAACUGCAUUUGGCUUUGUGUUUUUCUCUACAGUGUAUUCUCUUAGAGUUUUGGACGACUUGCAUGUAUUUUUACUGCAUCCUGAUGAUUUGAUUGCUCCUGCCUGUUAGGCUUUCCAGUUUGGUCCAAAUGCAAUAGGGGAUACAGUUUCCAGUUCUGUUCUGAUUUUACUUUUUAAGCUGAACAGUGCUUUUCUCCUUCUACAAUUCCAAGCUAUUGCUGUGGUUCUAAAAACAGUCAUUGGUGGCUUUGGUUACCUGCAAAUUUGCCCAGGGAUAUAGAGGUUUUUGUGGGGAGGGUUGUGUUGAAGGGCAUUUUUGGAUUAUGUGUGCCUAAAUGAAGUGCCUGCUAUCUGGUAUCAGCUGUGACUUUAUCUUCCCUAUUUUAGUAUAUUCACUGUUUCUUAGCUCUUCAGUGUUAACUCUGGCAUACAUUUUAGAAACCUCUUUAUUUUUGUGAAAUAGCUUUAGUCUGCUUUAACAUUUAAGGUCAAAAGAUACCUGGUUUGCCUGAAGAAGGUGCUAAUCCUUCUGGCAAAAACUUUGCAGCAACCAAACUUAAUGACUUCACUGUUAAAUGUCACAGUGUCUUCACCCUCAGAUAACCCCUGUUUUCACAGCAUCUUCAGAUGUAAAACUACUUUCGUCCUGCUCAGGUACUGCCAUCCUUCUUUCGGAACUAGCCAAAACAUGCUAAUUAUUGCAUCUUUGUGUAUCUCAAGCUUAGUUAUGACAGGAGUCUUUCUUCUCCUCAUUUCUUCCCCUUAUCCCCAAAUUCACUCCUAUCUGUUUGAACUGAAAUACCAACAUGUGCUAUUGGCUGAGACUCAAUUGUGAAGAAGCCUGACACAGCUCUUGACAUGAGCAUAUGGUAUAAAAAAAAUCAUAUGAGACUAUUGCAUCCUGCAUUGGUUUCCAUCAAGGGAGACCACCACUAUUCCUCAUGCUUUGCUCUGCUUUGUUAUUCGGGAAAACCUGCAGAGUCCCUCAAUGUGUCUUUUUCUCUUCAUACUGUUCUCAGGGGAGUACAUUACUGCUUCACUAACAGUUAUGAGUUAAGAAAAUGCAUUCUUACUGUUCUGACACAGAUUGCUUGCCUUAGAAUGAAGUUUUCACCACAUAUAGUGGUAGAAUAGGGUCAUCUUUGAGGGACCUGAGAACUCUGCUUCUGUGCUUUACAUACCUUUUACUAGACUUUGAACUCAUAUUUUUGUUAAGUGUUUAAAAAAAAAAUGCAGGCUGAUAAAUCAAUCCAUUUUUACAUGUCUAAAGACAUGUGUAUAGACAGAACUUGAAAUGUCUGAGUGUGUGUAGCAAAUUCUUUAAUGUUGUCCUUCUAAAU